AUGCUGUCUCGAUCUUCCAACAGUGCAGCAAGUCUUCUAGGCUGCCGGCUGCUCCCAGAAUGCAGAGCAAGCUUACUCCCUCCCUCCUUGCGCCGGCAUAAUGUAUCUAUCCGGUUCGAAUCCACCGAAACUGAUGCGAAUCACGACGAGAGGCCGCCGCAACACGUAUCUUCGCGCCGUACCCCUGGUCACAACCGUCUCCAGCACCACCGACUCAAACGGAGACUGGGUAAAAAAGUACCCAUUUCUGUGAGCUCGCUUGGAAAUCCUGGUGAGGUAGUAGUGGUCAAGGACCGGCAACGCCGUCGACUACGCAUAGCCAAGGAUGAGCCGAAGGAGGUCACCGACGAAAAUGCCCUUCCUCUCUUUUUGAGGGAAAUCGACAAUGACGAUCAAGUUGUUGAUAGCGAGCUGCUCAAAACUCGGGUCGAAAGUUUCCGUCUCGAUUAUGAACCUCAUCACAAGUUGCCCGUUGCCGAUUGGACGGCGCUCCGAAACGAAUUCCAGGCGUCAUUUACUUACCGGCAAUUAUUGGACUAUAUAAUAGAAUGGAAGGAGAAUGAGUUGGACAGGGACGGAACACCAGAGACGACGCCCACACGCUGGACGCCCGGAGUCUCUGAGUUUCUCGACAGCAGUUAUCUUUCCCGAAAAGGUGUCGCCGAUAGAGUUGCAGCGUCGCAAGGUCUCAAGGGAAAAUUUUUACUGGCUGAAAGAAUACUCCGUGACUGCUGGCAUCUCGGAGUCCUCGAUGAAGUCGGUCAACUAGAUAUACAGCUGCCGACGCAUAUACUGUCUUUGCUCCUCAGUUCGCAGCAUUUCUCUUUCGAAGAAUUGGCCAACAUGCACGACGCAAAGAUUGAUGUUACGCAUUCGCUUGGUCUUGUGAGGAUCACAGGAAUGCAACGUAUCUGCGAAUCAAUCAGUGAGAUUGUACACGAUGCCAUAGCCAGGGUUCGACAAGAAAGCAUUGAAUUGCCACCUGACGAAACGAAGACGAAAGUCAACAACCGCAUCUACACUCCAGAGUUCCUCUCGUGGGUGACCAAAACCUAUAGAGUCGCAUUCGAACAAAAUACACCACAUACGCCAAGCCAAAUCUACUAUCUUGCCGAAGACAAACAGGAUGCAGAUAAUGCCCGUAGGGCCCUGCACCUUGCCUAUUACAGUGGAACUGCUCCUGCUGUACCGUUCAGCACAUACCUACCCUCAACUGAGCCAGCCAGCGUCCAUGACAUUGAUCCUGAGAACAACACGUCAUGGUUCGAGAGGCAAAAGGCGUGGUUCCGAUGGGCCACACCAGCAACGCAGUCUGACGAGGUGAAGCCCUCGGACACGGUAAUGUUCGAUAACCAUCAAACUCGGGUAUCCGACGAGCUUUUCAAGCUACUUCGACAGAAAUCAUCCGUCACUCAUCAGGCACAUUCUGAGACCGGCGCCGACUUCCAUGAAUCUAUCACGGCAGCCGUCGGCAAAUGCCUCUUCUUACGCAAGCCAUUCUUCGAAGAGAGCUCGGUCAACGCUUCUCAGCUCGGCAGAAUGUCACUCCCAAGGACCUUCACCACCGACAUCCCUCGCGCAGCGCAAUUUCUCCGCACGCUCACCCCUAAACCAGUGGACGAGCACCAACAAGCCUACCGCUUCCGACUCGUCCCAUCAGCUCUUAACGCCAACGUCUUCCCCCAGCUCGAGCUAGAAGUCACUGCCAAGACAAGCAUCACACCCGAAGAUGCAACCCCUGACUUCUCCAUGCGCAGCGCAAAACUCAUCCUCUCCGAAAGCAACGUCGACUACCUCCUCCCCGAGAACGGACUUGACCUCCGCUUCACCCGCAAACUCACCCGGGAGCUCCUCCCCCAGUCCCAGGACAGUAACUCCUUCUCUCUCUCAAACAUCGAGGAAUCCCUCCGAAGCCUCUUCUCCCGCACCUCCACAACAGACAGAGAACUCCCUCUUCCUCCGUUCACACAAGUCACUCUCCCCCGCGAUAUCCUUCCCCAGGACGCCGCCGACGGCUCCGCAGAGUACAUCUUCCUCCCCGUCAGCGACAUCCGGGGAACUCGUAUUCACAAGUACGAUUUCCGUGGCCAGCAGCUCAAUUAUGCUUUUUACGAGAGCGGCCCGUUCAACCCGUACCGUACCACGGACUUGUUCCUGAACAUGGAUAUGACGGACGGUUCUGCGUCGGCUGAUUCCAACGUUGAUGUUUCUUCCGAGAAUGUGUCGCGGGAUGCUGCUGCGUCCAAAGACGAGUUCCACACGUUCUAUAACACUUCUUGCGCAUUGGCUUUCGAGUUGGAUAGAGCGAGGCGCUUGGGGGCUGUUUGGAAUGAUACUAUUUGA